AUGCAGUUCCGCUCAGCUUUAAUUCUAUUUUCUUUUGUCACGACGACCUAUGCCUACAAUAUCUUGUUUUAUAAUGCUGCCAGGAUCGGACAGUCGCAUAUCUUUUACAUGGGAAGACUAGCGGAUUGGCUCAGUGAGGCUGGACAUAAUGUGGUAAGGAGGGGGUUUUUGGGUGGUUUUUAAAUUAUGUUACCUAAAAUUUUUUUAUUGAUUGUAAAAGUAGUCGCACUAUAUAAAAGUGUGUAUCAUCGUCGUAAGAAUAAACCCAAAAAUUUUUUAAAUUAAAAAAUUAUUUUUGAACAUUUUUCGAAAAUUAAAAAUAAUCAUUUUCAGACCUUUUACCAGCAGGAUGUAGCAAAAAAUGCGAACAAAGUUGGAGCAAAGUUGGCCAAAGUUUAUGUUCGACCUAAAAUCAACUUCACAAUUGAAGACUUUGAUCAAGACAACUUUUGGGAGAAUACUUAUGAUGCCAACAUGAAGGUAAAUAAAACUCAAACUUAUUUUUACAAAACUACUUUUUUUAACUUACGAAGUUGAGUAAAUCAAGCUACUUUGACUACCAAGUCAUAGAAAGGGGUCGGGCAAACUUAAUUUUUUUUGCCAGGAACUUUAGUUUGGGCCAAGGCUAUCGGACCCAUGUGUAGGAGUGAGAAAAGGGCCGGGCCCGGCCCAGGCCCGGGGCCCAACGUUUAGGCCCGGCCAGUUUUGAAUUUUCUCUCAGGCCGGCCCGGCCCAUUUUAAAAAAUUUUUAAAAUUUUAAAACUUAAAUAAACGAAAAUUUGGCUUUGCAUUGUUCUUUUAGAUCAUUUAUGUAUUAUGUUACCUAAUAAAAUCAAAAAACAUCAACGGGGAUUAAAAUAAAAAAUUUUUAAAAAUUUAAAAAAUUUUUUUUCGGGCCCGUGCCCAAUUUUAGCUCAAGGCCCGUUUCUCACCCCUACCCAUGUGCUAGCCCGGCUUAGCAUGGACCUUUAUAUUUACCAAAAAUUCACAAAAUUUUUGUUUGAAAAAAUGAGGUUUUACUCUUUUUCUCCGUCCAAAGUCACGAACCCAGCACAUGUCUCUUAAAAAUUUUGAAAAAUGUGAAAACAGUUUUAUUAAAAUUUAAUUUUUUGUUGUUUUUAGUUUCUUCAACACUUUGGAGACUCACAAAACGCUGCUUGUAUAUGUAAGUCAUACUUUUUGUAGUUUUGAACUAUGACUCUAAUAAAAUCGUUUUCAAAGUUUACUAAUUAAAACAAUUAUGCUUUGACAAAAAAAUACUGUAACCUAUACCUAUUAGGUUGAACCAAAAGUAGUGGGCCAUUUUUUUAGUUGAAAAAUAAACAAAAAGUGUACUGCUAUUUUUGAUUUUGCCUAAUAGAAGAAGGCUCAAGACCGUUUUACCUUCAAUUCGACUUAUCCCCGGGCUGUGUCAAAACAACUUUGAAAAGGGCACGGGCCAAACUAAAAAAAAUCAGGCCGGGCCUUUACAGAUCUAGUCCAAACUACAAAAGUUUUUAUUUUUUACUAACACUGACGGAGCGCGUAUUUUACAAAACUUUAAGAAUUUUAAAAAAAUACUGCUUUACCAAUGUCUUUUUUUACAGCCCAACUAAACGAUGACCAACUACUAGACCAAAUAAAAUCAGAAAAGUAUGACUUUGCUGUAGUUGAAUACUUUGACUAUUGUGCUUACGCCAUGAUCCAAAGAGCUGGAAUCAAAAAGUACGGGACGGCUUCAGCUCUCAUGUUGAACAGAUUAGUAACCGACUCAUUGGGAUUGCCUUUAGGUAUUGGAGUUAUUCCGGGUAGGUUCUUAUCAGAAGUUUUAAAAUUUCACAUGAUAUUUACUUCACUGUUGUUGAUGUUACUUAUAAAAACCUAUAUCAACUCAAUUUCUUGUCCUUGUCAGGUUGGAAUGACGAAAUUAGCCCUUUCCCAACCUUUUCUCAACGCUUAAACGCUCUUAUUAGCCACUAUACUGGCUCAUAUAUGUUUGCAAAAUACAUCGCUGGGCCUACCAUUCAAACAAUCAAACGACUUCAUGACCCUAACUUCAACCUCAAGAUGACAAUCGCUCAAAGUUCAUAUAUCUUUGUCAAUGUUGAUGAACACCUCGCUCUACAACAAGCCAUAUCAUCUAAAAUUCUGUUUGUUGGAGGAACUGAUGCUAAACAAAAGCCAAUUAAAGUCUUGAGUCAUGGCAUUCAAAAGAUAGUAGACAGUGCUGAAGAAGGGGUAGUACUAGUUUCGUUUGGUACUAUCAGCAAAUCAUCAGAAAUGCCAAAACAAUUGAGUGAUGCUUUGGUCGAUACCUUCAAAAGUUACCCAAAAAUCAAUUUUAUUUGGAAAUACGAAGUAGAAGACACGGUCGGAGCUAAUGUGACAAACUUAUUCAAACGCCCCUGGGUACCACAACAUGAUUUGUUGGGAAACAAGAAGAUUCUGGCCUUCAUAACUCACGGUGGACUGAAUAGUAUUAGUGAGACGGCUGAGAUGGGGGUACCUACUGUUUGUAUACCUGUCUUCGCUGAUCAGCCAUCUAAUUGUCAAGCUGCUCAAGCUCAUGGAAUUUCUAUUAUGAUCGAUAAAGCGGAUUUAACUGCUGAGAAACUGAAGAAAGCGUUGAAUGUUGUUAUGCAUGAUCAAGGGUAAGACAAUAUUUUAAUUGGUUUGGGCAGGGCAAGUCUGGGCAAGGCAGAGCAGAACAAGUCAAGCCAAGAACCCAUUAUAACAAUUUUUAUUGGAAAUUGACAGGACUCCCAGCUGGAAAAUUUAAAAAAAAUUAGUUUUAGAUGGGACAGAGGAGGGGGACAAUUUUUUCCGAUUUCUCUUAUCUUUUUAAUUUAUUUUCAAAAUUUUAGCAUGCGCACCAAAGUGAAGCAAAUGGCCGAUCUAAUCAACCAUAAGCCAAUCCCAUCCAAAGAACGUUUUGUAAAGCACGUUGAGCACGCCAUUCGUUUCAACGUGGACGAAGCUUUGGACUUGGCUGCUCGAUCUCAAGGCUUUGCCAGAGGUUACAAUCUUGACUUCAUCGCUGCUCAGCUAGCUGUAUUAGCGACAGUGUUGAUUGUUUUUUAUUAUAGUACAAAGUUGACGAUACGAAUGUUGAUGAAGAUUGUAUAUAAGUUGUAUGAUAUCAGUACGAGUAAUGUUCGUUUACAAAAGAAAAUUAAUUAA